AUGACACAGCUGCUUCUGCUUUUUGUGGCUUUCCUGGUCCUGGUUCAUGUGCCGCCAGGGAGAAGUGAAUUCAAACGGUGCUGGAAGGGCCACGGGGCCUGCCGGCCUUACUGCACGAAGUACGAAACCUACAUGCACCUGUGCCCGGAUGCCUCCCUGUGCUGUCUCCCCUAUGGACUUAUGCCUCUGGCCUCCAAGCCUGAAAAUGUUUAGCUGGUUCUGGGGCUGACAUCCUUGCUCUCCAGUAAAGCACAAGCUGCCA